CGGCUGUCUAUUGGCCAGGCGGCGCUGAGAGUCCCGCCUUCCAGCGCUGCUAGCCAAUGGGAGAAGCGCUGGGCGAGAGUCGGGCGUAGGUUGGUGGCGUGUGGCCGAUGGCCGGCGAGCGGCGGGAGCUGGAAUAAAAGAUGAGGCUGAAUGAGAGCCGGACAAGGUCCUUCCAGGCUCCUGUCACCGUCCACAAUUACCCGGGCAGGCAGGUGUACGUGUUUCCCGAUGGCCGAUCUGACUCAGAAGAUUCGUCAGAGGAGGAACUCAACGUUAUGGAAUUGCGGCCGCGGGGCAAGGAGCAGCAGCGAUGCAGCGCUUCUCGGGACAGAGCUGGAGAUGUGGUACUUCUGGAACGAGAGAUUACAGAGGAUGAUAAUCUUAACAAGCUAGCCCUGCAGUAUGGUUGUAAGGUUGCGGAUAUCAAACGUGUCAACAACUUCAUCCGGGAGCAGGACUUGUACGCGCUGAAGUCCAUCAAGAUCCCCGUGAAGAGCCACGGGCUGUUGACGGAGAAUGGCAGAGAACUGAGGCCGCUCCCAACUGCGCCCACCCAGGCCGGCCUGACGCUCGUGGACUUACCAGAGCCUGACGAGGGUGCAAGCGGCUCUGCUGGUGGCAGACACCUGAGCGACUUCUUCAGGGGGAUUGACCAGAGCAUCCAGGACGCGGUGCAGGUGGAGGUCCGGCUCAACACAGAGUACUGUGUGGAAGCACGGGAGAGGCUGCUGCCCGAGUCAGGGAAGCAGAAGACUGGUAAUGGUGCGGACUGUGGAAUCCAGUGGUGGAACGCGGUUUUUAUUAUGCUCCUGAUAGGAAUUGUCCUGCCAGUAUUUUAUAUCAUCUAUUUUAAAACACAAAGCCUGGUGGCCCAUACCUCUAACACAACACUACCCUCAAAUAUUUCAGCAGAUGGAUUGGAAGGGAAAUUACCACAAAGCUCAGUUGUAGAAAAAAAUCCUGAGGGGGACAGGGAGCCAAAGACGGCCUCUCCUCCCGGCGUGGAAGCCCGUACACCGGUGACUGACUGGAGUGCAGUCAAGGGAAUAACAGUGCAGAUUAUUUUUUUAAGUAGCUGAUGUUGUAAUCCCAAAUUUGCCUGGAAGUGCGGUGAUGUGAUUUUUAUGGAAGAAUAAGGAUGCUUUGUUGCUUAUAAAGAUCAUGAGGCAGCUGGCUUGACAUUCAUGAAAUCUGUUGAGGGAAAGUAUUUUGUAGCAAGUGACUGAUCGUGGUUGCUUCAGGUAUUUCUUAAUGCUAUGUCUAAGAAGUGAAUCCUUUGCUGCUGUGAUAAAGAGUGCAGUAUUAAUGUGAUUGGAAAGUUGGGGGUUGUUUGCAUUUUAAGACAACACUUUUUGCUUAGACUAGAAAUGGGGCCUCUUCUUUUUCUCUGAACUGUCGUUUUUAUCUCUUGCAGACCAUGGCAGUGUUUGCAUACUUAACCCUAACAUGGUGAUUUUUUGGUGUCUUAAGCUGGGUGUGUCACAGAGGACACUGACAGCACCUCAUUUUGUCAUUCUUUUGAGCAAAGGUUUAAGCUGUGUUGAUUAGGAUGGUUCGAACCACAGGGGAAGGGGUGAGCCCAGGCUUCUUCUCCUCAGUUAAAAUCCUUCUCUUGAAAUCCCGAGUCUCCGCUGAUGGAGCUCACGCUUUUGCCAGGGUCCUGCUCAUCCAGAGCCAAGAGGGCAGCGUGACCACAGGUGGCCAAAGUGUUGGAGGAGGACGGGAGCGUAGCACUAGGCCUGCGGUACGUAGGAUGCACUUCUUAAAGGCUUGUUUGUUGGGGGGGAGAUCGAGCCAGUGUUACUUAAAAAAUAAAAGAAUAAUCCAUAAUGUUGCAUCUCAAAUCCCCGAUUUUACUCAUGGACUUGAGUUUCCUUGUUUGUAGUUUUCAAGUGAGAAAGCUUUGCUAAGUUGCAUUUAAUUUGCAAGGUCAAGGAAGGAAGGAAGGUCAAGUCAGUCACAGAAAGCAGUUGGUCAGUGCUUUAGGGGCUGUGAACUGCUGACAUUUGCAUUAAAAAGCUUCUGAGUGUGUAGGAAGGACCAGGGAGGCUUUGGAGGCUGGUGGUGGCUGGAGGUGUUGGUAGCCUGAGGUCUGUGCUGUUUGGGAUGUGUCAGUGAACUGUGCUGGAGGCGAGCAGAAAAUGAGGCUUUUGAGAGUCUUGCUGUGGAGAAGAAUUCGCCUCCAAAAUUUAAUUGGGCAAAUACUCUCCUAGAAAGGAGCACUAAGGCAUUUUGCAGCACAGUUGCACAAAUCCUGGCUGAGGCUGUGGUGCGGUGACGCUGUGAGGAGCAGCCAGCCCCAGCGGCUUGCUCUGGCCGCUGUGUCAGAGUUCACUGAGCGUUUCUUGGUGGUUGUUACUCAGAGCUCUGUGAGUGAGGGUGAGGGUGGGUGAGCCUGUUGUACAGCCGUGAGCUCCUCCUGCCCUGAGGAACAGCAGGCUGAUGGUGUCUGUGUGGGGGGGGACAGGACUGAAGCAUCGCAGGAGCCCCACGCCAAGCAAGCAGAGCUGUGUAAUGGUGUAACCAUAACCUGUGUGUCCCGCCUCUGUCAAAAACAGUGCUCAGGAAAGCCUGAGGGAACCGAACUUGGUAAAUGAGGACCCUACUGAAGUUUUCUUCUGUGAAGGAAACAUGUCUCUCUUUGUUCUAAGGGGGUAUUAAGUUUUUAAAUAAAGCAAAAUGAAAUAAAA